AUGAAAUUUGGUAAACUGCUUCAAACUGAAUCAGUGCCCGAGUGGAGAAAAAAAUACAUUGAUUAUAAAGGUCUAAAGACGAAGUUAGAAAAGGUUCAGCAAUCUCAUUAUGUAGAACCAGGAUCACCAACCACUUUUUUUGGAUCUAUAAGCAGUGUUUGCGACUCACCAACUACUUAUGAACAUUCAAACCCUUUUCAAAGUUUUCUCACCAUUAAAGAGGAAGAAGUGAUUAAUGAGAAAUCAAGUCUUGAAAUUAUCAAGCCUAAUCUUUCUGAUCCUGUAAGACCUCCGGUCACUCCACUGAAGAUCAAAAUAAAUUCUUUUCGACGGGCUCGUUCUAUGCUCACAAGACCUUCUCUAUUAACAAGCAAAUCAUGCCAAAGACUUCCAAUAAUAUCAAUUGAUACGAUUGUAAAUCAAUUAGAACCUGAUGAAAUAGCAUUUUUUGAGGCUUUGGACUUUGAAUUAAAAAAAAUUUGUGAAUUUUAUGAAGAAAAAGAAUUAAAUACUAAAGAGCAUUUCAAAAAAAUAUACCAAGCAUAUGAAGAUUUAAAAGAUCGCGAUAAUGAUAGUCCUGUCAUAUCCAACAAUGAAUCUUCAAUUGCAAUUGAUUAUAAAGACGCAAAGAAAAGAAUGAAAAAAGCUAUUUGUGAAUUUUACCGAGGCGCAGAAAUGCUAAAGAAUUAUCGAAAUAUUAAUUAUGCAGGAUUUAAAAAGAUUCUUGAAAAAUUUGAUAUGAUUACGAGGCUAAAUGGAAGUGAAAUUUAUAUGCAAAAAGUAGAUAAAAACAAUUUUGUAAAAAGUAAAAAAUUGGAUACAUUAAUGAGAGACACUGAGUAUAUCUAUACCAAACUUUUUGGUGGUAAUUCUCGAUCACACGCUAUAAAAAAACUUAGAAUUCCUAAUAGAAAGCACAAGACUUAUUACCUUCCUACAAUACGGUCAGGAAUAUAUAUUGGCUUAGCAGCUCUUUCGUUAUACAAUACCUUAAAACUUGUAAUUGGAUCUGAAGGCGGAAUUCAACAAUUACAAUUUUAUUGUGGAAUGAUUCUCCCAAUGAUACUUUUGUUGAUUAUAGGUGUUGCCAUGUACAUUUGGACAAAAAUGCACAUUAAUUAUAAGUUCAUAUUUGAAUUUGAUCCGAGAAAUAAUUUAGAUUUUCGUCAAUAUAUCGAGAUUCCAUCAUUUUUUCUUUUGGCAGUUUGUUUCGCGGCGUAUUCAGAGGGUCGUAUGGUUAUAUCACCUUUUCUCGGUAUUGAAUUUCGAGAUUUCAUUUUUGCCGAUCAUCUUAAUAGCUUGUCUUAUUCUUUGGUUACUUUACAACUACUUCCUUGUUUCGCAUCACAAGAAAUUUGUUAUUUGCCAAUCUCAAUAACACCACUCGCACCAAUUUUGGGCUCUUUUGGUUCUGCAAUGAGAGGUGUUCAAUGUAUAAGGCGUUAUUAUGACACUCAAGCACUAAUACAUCUAGGAAAUGGGGGCAAAUAUGCAUCCAUGGUGGUAACUAUAUUUAUGAUCUUUUAUUGGAGAUAUACAGUUGCUUAUUAUGCUGAUGAUAAUAAUAAGAUCCUUGUUUCUAAAAUUCUCUAUAUAGUUGUACAAAUUAUUAGUACUAUUUAUGCUAAUAUAUGGGACAUAUCUCAAGAUUGGUCAUUAUUACAAUUCGAUAGUUCAAAUUUUUUGUUAAGAGAUGAAUUAGGUUAUAAACAGAAAUGGGUUUACUAUCUUGGAAUGUUUAACAAUACAUUUUUCAGGCUUACUUGGAUUUUAUUAUUUAUCUAUGAUAAUUUUUUCAUCCGAUUCAUGAUUGCUUUUGGUGAAAUGCUUAGACGUUGGCAAUGGGAUGUUUUCCGUGUUGAAAAUGAACAUGUUACAAAUUGUCAAGCAGAACGUGCAACUAAAGAAUUAACGUUACCAACAAUUUUUGAUUCACCUACCACAGAAAAAAUACAAGUACAAAAAAGUCCAAUAUCACCAAAAAUGACUAGGCUAAACUCAUGGAGAGAUUUUCAACCAAGAUCAGAUAAAA